CAAAAUGGCGGCGGCAAGUGCUCGUAAACAAAGUGUAUAGUAAAUAUUGUGUAUAUUUGCUAAGUUUAUCUAUUUGGACAUGAUGGGCUAAUUAUAACAUCGGAGAUGGAUAGCAAACAGGCAGUCGUUCAGACAAUAUUGUUGAUCGAUACAUUUCGACCUGAAGGUUUGAGUGACAAUGAAAGUUUACAAAAGUUUCGAGCACUUGUCCUGACAUCAUUUCGUAUUUUGUGUAGUCUGCUGUCGUUCCAGGAAUCGAAGUCCGACGCAAAACAGAAACCCAAUAAAGAAACCGGAUUGAAAUGGAGUUUCAAGUUUUUUAAUUCACGAUCUUACAAGUCAUCUGCGAAACAAGUUAAUCUAAGGGACUUUAAACUGAGAUACUUCGAACAAUUUGAAGCUAAACUGAAAGAAACGAUUCAAGAGACAGUCGCUGAAAAAGUAGGGACCAAGACAAAAAUAACUGCAGCAGAAUGUCUACAGAAGGCCUUGACAGAAAUAGUGACAGACAUUCAGUGGCAGAUGCCAGAUACAGCAUCGCCAAUGAAGGGAAGACGGUAUUCUAAACAAACUCAACAACAAUCUAAAAAUCAGAACAUCAUUUUUUUGUUUUCAGAUAUACCAACAAAUGCACAACAAAUGCGGAUGUAUGCUGGCAAACGUGUUUUAGAUUCAGAUAUUUUUCUUGAUGCCAUAAUGCCACCACAUCUGUUUGAUCAGUUCUGUCAUCAUGCCAAGUUAUCGCUGUACUGGAUUGACAUUUCAUCAUUGAACAAACCAUGUGUAACUUAUAAAAAGCCUGGCUGUCACCAGUACCAAGCAGAUAGCAACAGUAUUGAAAUCAUCACAAAAAGCUUAAGCCAUGUCAAAGGUAUAGCACUAACCGUGGAUAGCCUUAUAAACCUAGGUUCUACCUAUGGAAAUUCAAAAGCUAUGGUAAAGUCGAGGCAAAUAAGAGUUUCAGCAGAAGAUACACAAUCUGGAGAAACUGAAUCACAGAAGAAAGAGAGCCCAAAACAUGAUCAAACAAAGAAGGAACAUGUGUCAGUCCACAAGUCACUUGCAUCAUUCUUCUCAUCUUACUCAGUGAUACAGGGAAUGACAGAUAGCCAAAGACAGUGUGAAGCAAGCACAGACUCGCAUACAGCCUGCCUGCAGUUGACACCUGAAGACAGGACGGAGAGUAUAAUUUUAAAGUUGGAGCCUGUCUCAGAAUCAAAGAAAAGUAAUGACCACUGCAGUCCACGGUACACCCAGCCUAGUAAUCAGGAGUUUGUCCCACAAGCUCAUCAGAAGCUUGUCAAAGUGCAUCUCAAUAAGGAUGAGGAAUCACAAACCUGCUUGACUGUUCUGUCAGAUGAUGUUUCACUUCCAAAAAACCUACAGCUGGCCGUUCACAGCUGCAUUCCAAAGUGUAUGUAUUCUACACACUCAAUGACAGGCUCAGCUGGCUUCUGGACUUCAGUUUGUGGUCAAGGGGAGACAACUUCAUCAGAAAAUGCAAACAAGGUGUUUCAAGAUCUGUUGCAAGGCUUAAUGCGAAAGGAUAGUGUUUUGGUGCUGACAGUGCAGUCUGGUGGCCACGCCUCCCCACACCUGGCUGUGCUAGACACUGUGUCGGCCCACACAGCUGUCCUCACACUGCUGCCCCUGGGGGCGACACUGCAUGUGGAGAAGGCCUGUCUCACACAGUCUGGGAGGUGUUCUUCGCCGCCUGACGUUGCUCAAACCGAGAGUCGUCUCAGCAACCUGCAUUCUGCAUUGAAGAUGGGUUGUCAGGCUGUGAAGGGGAAGAUGUUUUCUAGACGAUCUCACAACAGUUGCAGAAAGUCAGGGGGCCGAACUGCAGCUCUGGCCGGGUGCUACAACCCCCAGGUGAUCAACCCCUGGCAUCUCCCUGGCACCUCCAGAGGCCUGCCUGCUCUCAUCAGUAAACUCAACAGCAGACUCAAAGACCUUGACUUUUUAACAUCGGCUGAGAAAGAGACACUUAAAGUUCUCCAGAAAAUGUACAGGAAAGAUAACCAACCACAAGCCUUGAUACAGAGAUCGCGACCACAGCCAGACACGACGCAGACAGGAACAGACCCAGAUGAUGGGUCAGUGGACAGACCGGAGGGGAAGACGAGGAACUCGAAGCUGAACCGCGGGAUGAUGAUGGUGUGUCGGAGCAAGGCAGCCGUGAAGAAGAACACCAAGACAGAGGGGGACUCAUCUCUGGUGGACAAACAGACUGAGAGACAGCACAUUGAUGUCACCAAUCUGGACCUGCAGACGGAGGAGAGUGUCGGCCAGUACCUGCAGGAUCUGUACAGCCGGACCCUGGAGGCGGAGGAUGGCCUGGAGGCCUGUGUGCAGAUGAUGGUCACAGUUGCCGUGCACUUUAUGAAGGAGGCACAUGCAGAUAAUCCAGAGGUUCAGGCCACAGAGCUGGUACAGCGAGAGGUUGUCGUGUCCAGUGCUGCACUGAGGGAGAAGUAUCAGAGUCGGGCCUCAGACGCAGACAAGUCCAUGAAGAUGACCGAAUACAAGCUGCAGACUCUGUUGUUGCUGGAGAUGGAGUCAGCUGUCCUCAGUGCCGACGACUCCCACAUAGAGAAGCGUGUGGACGAGGUGGUGAACAUUUUGAGGACUUUAUCGUUCAUCGAAGAACCAGGCUUCGUUCCCAAGUUCCUCAAUAAUGUCAUUCUAACCAGUUACUCCGCGACGCUGCCGAGACUGUUGGUCAGUGUGUAUGAUGAACUGAUGCAGCCCCUUCCAGACUCCCUCGCCAUGUUUGCAUCUCCAAACAAAAGUGCUGACUCAUCCGUCCUGAAUGACUCCCUCCAGAGCCAUGACAGUAUUGCCGAUCCGGGUUCACAGUCUGAUGUGUUACAGACCCAGUCCAGUAGAAACCUGAGGAACCGGAAGCUGCAGCAUCCAAGUCUCUCGGACUAUGGUAGCCGCAAGCAGAUCAUGGUGCACAAGAAACCUGCUGCAGCCAAACCCAAGGAGGAGAAAAUAAAGAGGCAGAAGAGUGUACAGCCUACAACUAAAACCAAGAAAAAUAAGGGAAAAGCAGACAUGGUGAAAGUACGGAGAAACCUGUUUGAAGGAGACAAGCCAAAGCUGGAGAGACGACAGUCUGUGGCUGUGAUGGAGAGAACAAGAAAAUCUCCUCGCAAAAGAGUCACAGCAACAUCUUUUAAAAGUCCUAAAGCCUCCAAGUCACCUGGUGUCAAGCGGCGGUCAGUAGCAGAGACGCCAGCACACAAACAGCGGUCUAAUGCUGUGUGGAAUCGUCUGGACAACAAGCGGAAGCGAACUCACACAGAGGAGGAGGUGGAGGUGGUCAUGGAGUCCCCCAUGAAGCAGUGUGAAGACAAUUUCAAGAAAGUUAGUCCAUCUCGGAACAAGCACGCAAUGAACAUGAUGCGCCGUUCCUUCUACUCAGCAGGGCCAAGGAACAGGUCACGCAAUCUUACCAAGUAUUUCCAGUUUGCAGACAAGAUUGCUGGUCGCCAACAAAGGGCGUCUCUUGGGGAUGUCUCUAAAUGUGGAUCUGAACCCAGACCCCAAACCAGUUUCAAAUCACCAUCGCGUUCCUCCUUUCUCAUGUCUCAGCUUAUGGGCAGCCCCUCCCCCCGACACAAGACACCCAGUAAAUCUCACACAGCCACCACUCCAAAACACAUGGUCCGAGAAUCACCGUUCCGGGGUACGAGAUCUAAAACUCCAAAGAAAUUUUCAAAAGUGCUCUUGUUUGAUAGUCCGAAGCGUCCAUUGGUUCCGGUACGGGAACAUGAGUCAUCUGACAUAAUGAUGACAAGUCCAAGCAAACAUCACCGGACACCGAAGAAGCAAGGACAGGAGAAUGUACUGUGUGCUGCGUCACCAUCUCGGAACACCAGGUCUCACACUCCUAGCAGAUCAAGAAGUUCCACACAUGACCAGAAUGUCAACUCCUUCCCUGUAGCUGCUGACAACAUUCCUAUCCCAUCCACCCCGAAACGAACACCUCAUCGUCCUACAUCUACACCCUCCCUCAUCUCCCCUCCCCCUGGUCCCCCCCUUACUCCUCAGAGAUCCAUCCUCAAGUCAUCACAGUCCUCAGCAGCUAAGAGGAUUCUGGAUCUGCCCUCAACUCCUCAAAGAACACCCAAGUUGUCACAAGGACUUGUGUGUGAGUCUCCCAGCCAGAAUACUCGGUCUAAGAUGUCCACCCCUAGUCGCACAUCAGUAUGUACGGCACUGUUUAUGAAGAGCCCUAAAGGCAGGGUAACGCCUAGAACUAAACUAUUCAGUGAUGUCAGGGCACCUUCAGACACAGGCUCUCCAUGCAGGCAUGUGCGCUUUGAUGAUGUUGGUGAUGCUGAAAAUACAGAACAGAGAGAGUCUGAUGUAGGAGUGACCCAUGGUAAAACGAAACUGUCCAAUCAGCCAACAACACGAAUUGCAUUUCUUGGUAUGGACGGUUCUGUUACAUCAUUGAAUCUGAAUGUACCUGCAGUUACGUCUCCUGCAUCUAAACCAGAGCAAGUGCAGAGGACCCCUUCACCUCAGAAGCAACCGAAAGUUAAAACGCCAGACUCUUUUGAUAAGUGGCCAAGAAGGAAGAGAAGAUGGGCAUCACCGACUCCGGCACCUUGCCAGAAGGAGAACCUCCAUGCAGGCAACAGUCCGGCAAAGGAAGAGGGAAGCAACACAGCUUCAGGAAGAGAAACUACGACAGAACAUAACGUAUCAAGGAAGAGGAGUUUUGUUGAGACCAUCCAAGACUCGUCCACAAUGUAUUCACCAUGUAAAAGAUCCAAAACAUCAUGGUCAGAAUCUAUUUCAUUAAAAGAUUCAAAGGACACCCGGUACUGCCUUCAUCAGCGAGUCAGUUCACUUGCCAGUGUAUAUGAGCGACUACCAUCAGAGACCAAUUCCAGCAUGGCGACCUCUGGGUUGGAUUACUUCUCCUCCACCAAUGACGAUGUCUUCCUGCCCAGUGGGAGCCAGGGGAUGCAUAGUGUCACAUUGAAUUCCUCUUAUGGUCAAGCUUCUGGUCAGUCUCACCUUCACUCUACAAGAAACAGAAGUCAGGUCCAUAGUUUAGGCAGACCAGAGUCACCUGUGUUUGGAUCUAGUCCAAGCGUAUCACGAUUGCUUCAAGAUCAACACACCAUAUCCAGUACAUCCAGUCAGGGAUUUGAUGUGAACACUGAAGAGGAAGAAGAAUUCCCAUCUUCUCCUAAGUUCCAAACAAGUCCAGCAUUGACCAACAAGCCAUCAAGAACUAUUUCUUCCCCACAAGCGUCAACUGCGUUUGUCUCACCAGUUCGACAGUCACCAAGAACAAGCAAGUCGACUCCUUCACCUCAUUCUGUGUCACCCUCAUCCGUUCAGAUGUCCCCAUUUCCUAGAACAUCAUCUGUUGCAGAAUCACCUCGAGAGCGCAAGUUCUCUCCUUCCGUAUCCGCUCGAAGUCUUGUCCUUCUUAUGAACUCUCCCAUUAUCAAAGCAGAUGGGAUUCAGAUUAAAUCACCUCAGGAGAAAAGACAUUCUUCACAUAAUCCACACUUUAAGUCGCGGAAAUCACUGAAUCUACACAAGUGAUACCUAUAAUUGUAGAUAAUAGCAUUGUUUAUUUAUGUUGCCAUGGUUAUCAGUAUAAGUUUGUUGAAAUGAUGAAAAACCUCAAGGUUAUUGGAUAUAUCUAUUUGUCAUGGGUGUCAUCAGCAUUGCUCACAUAGAUUCACAAUAAUGCAGUAGUAGACACACUACUUGUAGCCAAGCCAUCAGCAGAUCAUGAGAUCAAGUCCUUGUAGCUCUUCUGAGAGGGGUAUGUCUUUUUUAUGUAAUUUUACCCAAACUGGAACAGUUUGCAUGAUUUCAUCUUUCAUAUCCAGAAUUUAAAUUUUCUGAACAAAAUUGGAAUGUUAUACAGCAUGAUAUUUGUGAUGUGAUUGACAGGCAAGUUCAUGGACAUCCUGGUCUGGGCCCCGUUUCACAAAGCGAUCUUAGCGCUAAGGUGAGCGCAACUCUCAUACUUUAACGUUUACUUACGACAGUCGUAGCGCUACGAUCGCUUUGUGGAACGGACCCCUGGUGUAAUGAAGUCUUAUCAUGAGUGGGUCUUUCAGUCAGGCAGAGCUGUGUUUGUAGAAAAGUAGAAUACACCAGCUAUACCUUAAUCAUGUUAAUGCAGAUUUUAAUCUUUUUCUCUCUUUUGUCUGUCUAGCAAUAAGUUUUACAUGGGUUGCACAUUUUGGAACAAAAUACAUUUUAUUCAACUGGUUAAGACAUCUAUUAUUUUUAUGUAUGUUUCCAACACUAUAAAAUUUGGAUUAACACUAGCUAGUUUUAGUUCCUGUUCAACAGAUGCAGGACUAUUCCGCCAUUUUUGCUAAAUGUACGUAAAACACAACACUCUUUUUAAAUCAUUAACAAAUAAUUUCAUAGGUCAAGUUAGGCCAAAGUUAAGUCUAGGCCCAGUAUUAAAUAUGUUGUAAAUAUAUAAUGGGAUACUUCAAUUUCUUGUUUCCUUUAAACAAAUAUAAAGAUGUUUCACAUGUGAUAAUGUUUUUGUGUGGAUACCCUGAAUCUUUAUAUCCAAUGUCAUAAUAUAAUAAUCAUGUUUAUCAGCAUUAAGAGAAAUUGUUUCAUAAUCUUUUCACAGUACUUUAUUCCUCUUAGUAAGUUGUUACUAGAAGUAGUUUGCUGAUUAUCUUUGAAAUAUAUGUACAUAAAACUAUAUGCAACUAUGGUUAGUGAUAAUAUCUAAAUAAAUGUGUACCACCAGGAGAAACGGGACCUAAAGAGUGCUAGGAUACAAUUGUGCUAUGACGUCAACUUACUUCAGUGAAGAUCGCCAUGUGUGAUGUCAUGUAUCUCUGUAAUAAAUAUAAAUUGAA